GUAUCCUCCGUUACGUUGCAGCAGAGUUACAGUCCGACACCAGAGAGGAGCAAAGGGAGCCGAACAGCUGACUACUUCGCGGAAAAUUUAACCGCGGGGGGGGUGGUGGGGAUGAAAAACACCGAGAUCUUUUUAUACUUCUUCAUCGCCUCUCACUGCAUGUGCAACAUCCUCGUCGUCUCGUGGACGUUCCUCAUCGGGGAACCCACGGAGGUCACAAACUAUGGAUUGCUUUAUUGAAGUUGGGCCACCUGAUCCCGCUUGCGCCAGGACAUCCGAGCAAAAUUUAGAGUAAGAGAAGUCGUUAUGGACAGUUGUGCAAAUCGCGCAUUUCCUGCUCAGAGAACUGGUGUCAAAAGCACCGUUUCCAUCUCAGGAUACCAAAUCUGUUUGUGCGUAAAGGACGUGGACAGAACGGUUUCAUCCAGCGCUGCCUGAAAACACCCUCCGCGCUAUGUUUUAGUCAUUAUGGGGGGAAGCUGUAGUUAGAAUAGGGGGUGUGUUUGUGUGACUGUUUUGUUUGCUGCCUGGCUUUUGAUGCGAGAGUGGCGGCCAGCCCUUUAUUGCGCGCAUACCAAUCGUGCGCUGCAGUUGAGCCGCUCCGUUACCACCGGCGAUCCACCGCAGCAGGACCUGCAGUCUUUAAACGGGCAACAGGCCUCACCAACCACUCUGCAAGGGUUUCACCGACAUAUCCUGUUAUUUGAACUUUCACUACAUCCAAGAGAGUUGUUUUUUUUUUUUUUUUUAAAGCUGCAGCCAAGUGCACCUGUUAGGAAGGAGUAAGCCAUGGCUUUACCCGAUAGUGGCAUAUCUGGGGAAGAGGUACCCUUCCCAGAGAUUAUAGAGCUCAAUGUUGGUGGGCAGGUAUACAUAACCCGCUUUUCUACCCUCACAAGUGUGCCAGACUCCCUGCUGUGGGAGAUGUUCAGUCGAAAGUCAGCCAAAGGACUGGCCAGGGACACCAAGGGUCGCUUCUUCGUGGAUCGGGAUGGCUUCCUGUUCCGUUACAUCCUGGACUACAUGCGGGACCAGCAGCUGGUUCUUCCAGACCACUUCCCGGAGCGCGGGCGUCUGCAGAGGGAGGCUGAGUUCUUCAACCUGCCGGAGCUUGUCAAGCUACUGGCGCCCAAAAUCAGCAAGCAGAACUCGCUUGGCGACGAGGGAUGUCAGAGCGACCCAGAGGACUCCUCGCCUGGGAUUGACUCGGCCCGUAACCUCAGCUCCCUGGGUGCCGCUGCCGCCGCCUGUGCCAGCCUGGUGCCCGGCGCCAUGGAUGGCAAACGGUCCGGGUUCAUCACCAUUGGCUACCGAGGCUCAUACACCCUGGGCCGUGACAGUCACACCGAUGCCAAAUUCCGCCGGGUGGCACGGAUCAUGGUGUGUGGGAAGACCUCUCUGGCCAAAGAGGUGUUUGGGGAGACGCUGAACGAGAGCCGUGACCCCGACCGCCCACCUGAGCGCUACACAUCCCGCUACUAUCUCAAGUUCACCUUUCUGGAGCAGGCUUUUGACAAGCUGGCCGAUGCAGGCUUCCACAUGGUGGCCUGUAAUUCCACAGGAACCUGCGCCUUUGCCCAUGAGCAGACGGACGACAAGAUCUGGACCAGCUACACUGAAUAUGUGUUCUACCGUGAGUGAGACUAUCGGCUUUGUUCCCCCUCGGUCCCCUACCCUGUCUCCAAGUGCCCCCUCCUCCUCCAGCCUCCAGCCAUCCUGUCCUACUCUCUCUGAUGGCUCCUGCACCAGUAGAUGUACCGUAGAUGUUGUGCCCUUGCAUCUCUCUGCAGCCCCCCCAGCUUUUAUCCCAUGAACAGCAACUGCUUUGACUCAUACCUUCUCUCCAGGUCGAAUCUGCAGCCCUCCCCCUCCUUCAACCCCAGAUUCAUCCCCCCUUUCAUCCUCAGGUGCAGCUUUUGCCCUUGCUUAGUUGUAGUCCCCAGUCCUCAACUACAGCAACUCCAUAGCCUUUCCUGCAGAGACUGAUACCUUCUAUGUACUAUUUCCCUUUUGUACUCUAUAUAUUAUAUAUCUGCCUUGGUGAAGCACAAUACUGUAUCCAAGAGCUAAUUUUGUUAAAUACGCACCCCAGUGUGUCUACAUGACUAUUGAAACAGUCAUAAGGGCAUAAGGGAAAGGGCUUCAAAGAGUGACCCUGAUGUACACUGCUGUACUUUGCCUGCAGAUCGGACUCUCUCCUGCUCCUCUGAACUAAAUUACCAAAUAAUUGGACAUUUUAUCAGCCUUGAGGGACGUGAGCACAGCACCCCAGCACAAGAAAGAAGUGUAACACAAAACUCAAAUUUCCUUCAGUUUUUAUUAUAUGUGUCCAGUACCAUGCAAUUGGGAACGUGCCAUAUAGUAGUUUAUCUGUUCAGCUUGUGUUAUGAAUGACUGAGGGUUAUCAAUAAUACACUCACAUGGACAGGGGGGAAAAAAUGCAUUAGACUUUUUUUAUUUUGAAAGAGAGAAGUAGAUCGUAGGUGUGUGGAGUUUCUUUUUCAAGAAGGCGCUGUCUGUGUGGCAAAUGAACAAGCAACAGGCUUUGAUAAAAAAAACAGAAACUAUGAAAGCUCAAAUAUCAAGAGAGAUCUCGUAGACAGAAAGAAAAAAAAGGUUCUCAGAUGAAGUGUGUAUUGAUUUUGCAAGGGAGCUUUCAGUAUUUUAAUCACCCACACUGGGAGGGCAGAGGAGAUGGAAGGUGUUACAUCACUCUCAGCCCACUGCUCAUAUUUGUUCACUCAUUGUGCUUCUUUGACAUUUCUUCGCUCAAUAAGUCUACAUAUUUAAGAGCAUUUUUACAGUGAAGCGCUUCUUGGGACAGGCUUACACCAUGUUGUUUCAGGAAAAAAAUAAAAAAGUGGUAGUCACCUUAGCGGAUCACGUUUUGAGUGUUCUGUAAACAUUAAUGUUAUUCUUAAUACUCAGUCCAGUAUUAGUUGAAGCUGUUGCAUAUUUGAUGAUAGCUCUCACUUUCUGUAAGUGAAUACUCAAAAAAAGGGUUGGGUUACGCCGUAAACAGCCAAAGCCCAAUGUUUUCUCAGCACUGUAGCAAGGGCAUUGUGAGGGCAGUUUAUAGUGAGCAGGUGUAACUUAGGUUAUAAAGGAGCGAGUUAAGUAAGAGGGUCAUUUCCAGAUACAGCCUCAGGACAGGUCUGCACAUCAUGUAUACCUCAGACUAUAACUCAAACUGAAGGCACGUAAAUCCAUCAAAAGCUCCAGCUGAUGAUGUGAAAAUGAAGACACAGUUAGGAAAAUAUCCCAAAUUAGAUGCUGUAGGAGGACUGAUGAAUAGGAGGUUGAAUAUAAAGUGAAUUUUGAGUUGAGAAGCAGCCAUCGAGGCAGUAUAGUGCAGGAUUUCUCCUGAGCUAGAAGGUGUCAGGUUGUAGUUUUGGCAGAACGUCUGACAGUGACAAUAAAUGUAUUCUGAAAUGUCUAGAAACCGCAUUGUUGUGUUUCAGUGUGAUGAAGUGCUGUUGACAUCUGAGUCAAUAUGUUAGACCUGCUGCAGUGUCGCUGCAGGCGUAGACAACACUGAAAUUAAAAGUGUUCAGCAAAAAGCAAAUUGAUUUGUCAAAUAAAAAGAUGUUUUCUUUCUA